ACGCGUGCCCUCGGGUAUGAGAGAAACAUUUCGAGAUCAUGCUGAGAUCCACCGGUUUCUUCCGAGGGAUUGACUGUCCAUUUUACAGCGAAUACUGCGAAGGCAAAGGCGACAAAAAUGGGUGCAACAGACCAUACUGUCACUUCAGACACAGCCAACAGAGACGUGCGUCCUAUGAAGCAGCAGGCGAUGUUCGAAAGGAGAGAAAAUGUCACUCCAAGCAAAGUGAGCAAGGCUAUGAUCCAUACAACCCAGAGGUUGUAAGACCUGAGGAGCAGCAGAAUGGAGAGCAGUCUGCCUCAGGUGAUAUCAUUGGUGCUCUGGAGCUGGUCAACCGUGCCAUCGAGGAGGUUCGUAGUGAGGUGGAGCGGGAGAAGCGGAAGCUUUCACAGAUUGGGGAUGAAGAAUAUGACCCUAGCUCCAUCACCAGUUCUGCUGUGGAUGUUAUUAAAAGACCGAAUCCAGUGGCAGCAACUUCCCAGUUGGUUUAUGAUCCUGGGAAUUAUCAGAUGACACCGACAGAAUAUAAUCCCACUCCUUGCUGCAGCAAGUACACGCUGGAUUCAGACAUCCAGGGGAACCAUGCUAAUUCAAUGGAAUAUGUCCCCACUUCUAUAAAAAAACCUGCACCUAGGACUCAUACACCCCAUCUCACCUUCCCUCCUUCCAGCCCUUAUUCUAAUAACUCCUCUAAGUGUAAAUACAGCCUAGACAAUUGUAAACCAUCUACUGAUAUGGAAUAUGACCCCCUCUCCAACUACUCAGCCCGAAUUACUGGAAAGCACAAGAGGGAACAGAGUACACAGGCUGCAAAGAUGGAGAGCAGCAAAAUGCAUAAAUUAACUGGAACGGGGAGAUCAUCAACAGAUGAGGAAUAUGUACCAAUGGUGAAAAAGCCACGGCAACAGGUUGUAGACACGCAAAAGUAUUACACUAUUUCUGACUCUGAUGAAGAGAGCUCUGGAACACAAUAUAGACCCACAUCACUUAGUUCCCUCCAACAGAGAAAAGGCAAUAGCAGGUCAACUGAUGAUGCUGUCGGGACAGGGAAAAAAGAGAGGGAAGAGGGGACACUGAGUGCUCUGACACACAGGAGUAAAGAAGAGUCUAGGGAGCAGGCAGAGGUGAUGAGGGACCUGGACAGUCGGGAACUCGGUCGGCAAAAAGACCUAGAUAAGAAAGUAGCCUCUAGAUCCAGUCAAGGAAAGAAUGGCAAGUCUGAGAAGGUGCAUAAAGUUGAGAAGGGAGUGGACAGAGGAUCUAGUGUUAAAGGUGGCAGUUGUACCAACAGCAGCAGUAAGGACAAACAACUGACAAAGAAAUCAAGCCAUGACUCUGAAAAGAAUGACUGCAAGAGUGAGGGAAAAUUAGAUGACAGGAAAAGCAAGGUCAAGGAAAAAUCAGCGGAUAAAGUGCUGAGGGAGCAUGGAGAAGAGAAGAGAAGUGACAGGAAAAUCAAAACUGUGGAAAAGUUAAAAAGUGAGUCAAAUAAACGAGAGAAAGAUGGCCAAAAUGGAAAAGGGGAAAGCAAGAAAUCCAAGAUGUUGAACAAAGAAAAGGAGCAUGGUCGGCACAAGGACCAACACAGAAAUGGUAAACUUGAUACCAUUAGAAGAGAGAAGGACAUAAAGAAAAGCAGUUUUACUGGCAGUAGCAGCUAUAAUAAAGGUAGUUCUGUGAGCAGUAAAGACAGGGUGAAGAAGCACAGCAGCUCAUCAGGAGAGAAAGGAACAGUGAAGGACAAACGGCGAACGCCGAGUCUGAGCCAUGCCGACCUAUUUGGGGAUGAGAGCCCAGAGGAGGUUGACGCGCUAGAGGGUGAGGUUGGUGAUGAUGAUAAUGAAGCCGAGAAGGUGCUUGUUAGGAAAGUGGCUGAUGCUUUACAGAGACGAAGACAGUAUAAGAGGAUAACCUCAGUGCUAACACAGUCCUCUUCCGAAGACGAAGGGGGCUGGGGUGUUGGGGACGGUAGGACAGAUCACGACGAGGCAGAUGGUGGCGUGGACCUGUCCAUUCUCCAGGCGGAUGUGGACUUUGACUCAGACCCCAUGGAAGAGUGUUUACGAAUCUUCAAUGAAUCCAGGGAUGUUAAGAAGGAAGACAAGGGAAGGCAAGCUAAACAGCCCUCCAGAGAUUCAGAGGAGGAGGAAAGCACUGAGCACACUUUAACCACUCUCUACCCUGGCCAGAAGAAGAGAGUCUCCCAUUUUGCUGCCAAAGGAAAUACUGAUGCAAAUAGCAAGAUGGUGGUACGGCCGUACAGGAGACCCACAGCCCAGGAGAUCUGCUACCAACGUAUGCAGAUAGCCCAGCAGCAGGCCGCCCAGCUUGCUGCUGCAGUCAAGACGGCCUCUGCCUCCCCGAGCUCCAGCCCGGGCUUUUCUGGAGAGAGGAAGAGAAUAGCACACCGUCCCAGCCCACUGGCAUCAUCCACUUCCAAGUCUGAUGCCAAGCCCACUGCUAGCCGAGUGUUACUCCCCAGCAAAACUCUCACAGCCCAUCUGUCUGUCAAGGCCCAGACCUCAGCUGGUAUCAUGUCCAAGACCUCCACCACACUCAUACAAAAGAGGAUUGCCCACACUCCUACCAUGAAGAGUACUUCGAUGAAACGCCCAGUCAUCCCUACUGAAUUUGGGGCCAAGGUGCCCACCAACAUUCGCCAGCGCUACCUCAACAACUUCAUAGAUGAAUGUGUCAAAUUCUGCCCUUCGGAGGAAGCUGCCUUUAAGAUGGCCCUGGAUGAGGAGAAGAUGGUAUAUGAGCGCAGUAGUAGUAAAAACAUCUACCUCAAUGUGGCCGUCAACACCUUGAAGAAGCUCCGCAGCAAAAUCGGCUGUUCUUCUUUGCCUUCCACCAGUAUGUCACACAGACAAGCCCCAGGAUUAGCUAACAGAAGAGCCCAGUCCCAUGAGGAAGUUCUGGGGGGUCGUUUGGCUGCCACCACCAGCUUUACCAUCAACAGGAUGGGCAAACAGCAGGAGGAGAAACUUACUGGGGCCGCACUGUACAGGAAGCUGAAAGCGUACCUGUUGACAGAGGAGCAGCUCCAGGAGCAUGGCUAUCCCAGAGUGAGCCCAGAGUCUGCCGGCAGGGCUGUGAUCCACAACCUCCCAGAGAAAAAAAGCAUCACAGAUUCAUUCACAAAGGUAUGCUGUCGAUGCGGGGCAGAGUACAAGAUCAAUGUCAGUGGCGACUGUGUGCGCAAGGAGGAAUGUAACCAUCACUGGGGACGCUUACGCAGACAUAAAGCGGCUGGAGGUUGGGAGACCAGCUACAGCUGCUGCUCCGGGGCAGUAGGUUCUCCAGGCUGCCAGGUUGCCAAGCAACAUGUUCAGGAUGGACGUAAAGAGUCAAUUGAUGGCUAUGUGAUGACCUUCAGUAAGUCUCUACCACCAGAUGGCAAUGGAGGCGUAUACGCCCUGGACUGUGAGAUGUGCUACACUAAGCUGGGCCUGGAGCUGACCAGGGUGACUGUCAUCAACUCUGACCUGAAAGUCAUUUAUGACACGUUUGUCAAACCUUACAGCAAAGUGGUUGACUACAACACACGGUUUUCAGGGGUGACGAAGGAGGAUCUGGAGAGCACCACCAUCACCCUGAGAGAUGUUCAGGCAGUGUUGCUUAAUAUGUUCAGCGCAGAGUCUAUCCUUGUAGGACACAGUCUGGAGAGUGACCUCUUGGCUCUAAAGGUAAUCCACAGUGUGGUGGUUGACACCGCUAUCGUUUUCCCUCACCGCCUUGGCUUGCCAUACAAACGUGCCCUGAGGAAUCUCAUGGCUGAUCACCUGAAACGCAUAAUUCAAGACAGUGUGGAGGGCCAUGACUCAAGUGAAGACGCGAGUGCCUGCAUGGAGCUGAUGAUCUGGAGGAUUAAGGAGGAUGCAAAAAUCAAGAGAUGACCUUUGACCCCUCCUCUUCACUUUCCUCAUUACAACUCUCUGCUUUUAUGUGGGCUAACUGUUGCAGAGGGAAAGGCAUGAGAGUGGGGCAAGUGGGCUAAUAGCCCAGUACUGAUGGCAAGAGGGUGAGGUUGGGAUAGAGAUUAAGGGGCAAAAGAUGAGAUGGGGGUUGUUCAACCCAUUAGUGUUCUUAGGGGGCACCCUAGUAACAGUACAUUCAAAUUUGUCAUGUUGACAAGGUGCUACCCAUUCGAAAUGAAAGCUAUCAUCCCCUUCCAUUCAGAGCAAUAGGGACAGGAAUAAUCAGUGUUUUUAUUUGCGACUUAGACUUUCAGUUUUAAUUUGUUAGUAACGGUGUUUAUGUGUUGAUCUUUGUUUCACUGCUUGAGCAGUAACUUCUAAGGCCUGAGGUCUCAUCAAAAAUUCAUAAAUUAAAAUCCCUUCUCUACAAAUUUCCUUACAAUGCUAGGGCAUUGUCUGAUAAACUAUGGCAAAUAAUACUAUUGAUGCCAGGCUGAUUUCUCAGCCCAACUUGCACUAUAGAAUUGCCCUUGCCUUAUGUAGGGCCAAAGUCUGAGUACCUCAUGUGUAAUAAUGCAAAGACUUCUUUUUUUUUUCUUUUUUUUUUUGCAUCUUCUGCCUUUAUUGGAUAGUGAUAGUAGAGAGAGAGACAGGAAAGGCAGGGGAGAGACAGCAGCAAAGGGCCCGGGCCAGAUUUCAAACCCAGGCCACUGCAGUAAGAACUCAACCUUAUGUGAUACGUGCUGUACCAGGUGAGCCACCGGGGUGCCCCAUAAUGCAAAGACUUUCAACAAAUAAUGAUAAUUGACUUCUUGUUUGAGCAAAAUUUAGUGCAUCGAUAUCAUACAGGUUAUUUAACAUUACUGCUACCUAAAUGCACUUGUCUUUUUCACUUUGCACCUCACUUUGUCAUUUUUUUAUUUUUUUAUUUUAACUGACAUCAGGUAUAUUGUGGUUCAUAUUUCAUAGCAAGGUUAUUUUGUUGGCUCUUAAAUCUGAUUAAUCCUAUAAUACUUGAUUAGAAGACCCUGAAGUAGCUUUGGUUUCCCUUUUGUCUCGGCUACUACCUAGUUGGUUAAGUUGAGGGGGUGUAUUUACUGCAUUUCAUAACACAAACAAAACGUUGACUGUAUCUACCACUGUCUCGUGUCCUGAGCACUGCAUGAAACAAAAUUAUGGGAAUCAUAAUAGCAGAGAUUGGACAUAUUACUCCACACAAAGGCAAAACUGUUAAGUAGUGUUGAGAUACUCUAGUGGAAGUUAGCCCCCAUUAUUAAUUGCACACAACUAUCAUUUAAUAUAUAUUGGUUAACCUGUGUCGUUUUGUUGAAAGUGACAUAUAUGAUGACUGAAAAAGAUACUUGAGUGCUGUAAAUAUGCUGUAAGUAAAUUCCUUUUCUAUUUGUUCAUUUUUGGUUUAUCUUUUCUAUUAAAAAAA